GGCUCGGAAUUUCUCGGAAUUUCUGCUGAGGCAAACUGCGGGCUUCAAUCGUGGUGACAAAGAAAAGAAGGAGGUUCCAAUCCACUGGGGUGGCCUCUGCGGAGGCUGUGCUCAGAACGCGGUGGCAGAUGAUCUGAUGGGUCGAUUUGGGACUUUCUGA